AAAGAUUACAAGUCAAAUAUACAUUUGCCUGACAUGCACAUACAUGAGAUACAAACACCCAAUUGAUUUGAAAAUUUGACUUUGGACCCGACCCGCUGCUCACUGUAGUGCAGAAGCUUUUUGCAGCAAAUACAAACACUUGUUCCCAGGUUAGAGCUCUUCAUUCGGCUCUGUUUCUCAUAUAUUUUUCAACUCUAUAUACACAUAUACAUACAUGUAUACACACAAUUGCUUAUAACCCUGAAAAGUUUAUGUAUGUGUAAUGCCAAUCAGUUGUUUGCUUAGCUUUUGCUUGUUUACAAUUACCCAAUAAGAGUUAUGCUCAAAAGAUUGAAUCUUGGGUGUCAUUUUGUCAAAAAGGUUCAAUCUUUGUAUAAAAAUCCAAUCUUUACAUAUUGUAGUUCAAUUGGGGAUGAUGGAAAUGUUGUUGGUAAUUCUGAUUAUAAGAAUGGGUCAUCCCCUGAAACAGAUUGGGAAAGUUUGCUUGAACCAUUUGACAUUGAACAGCUUCGAAAGUCCCUUAAUCGACUUACACCGUAUCAGCUUAAUAAGUUGCUUCAGCUCCCCCUUGAUGUCCCUACUUCUAUGGAUUUGUUCCGUAAGGCGGGUACUCAAAUGGGGUAUACUCAUACAUUUGAUGUGUAUUGUACUUUGAUUAAUAAACUUGGAGCGGCCGGGGAGUUUAAGUUGAUUGAUGGAUUGUUGCUGCGGAUGAAAGAUGACGGGGUAGUUUUUCAGGAGUCACUUUUUAUUUCUAUAAUGAGGCAUUAUGGUAGAGCUGGUUUACCUGGUCAAUCGACGCGGUUACUUUUUGAUAUGAGGGAAGUUUUUAGUUGCGAACCUAGUUUUAGGUCUUAUAAUGUUGUUCUGGAUAUAUUGGUUGCUGGGGAUUGCCCGGCUGUUGCACCGAAUAUUUUUUAUGAAAUGUUGCACAAGGGGAUCUCUCCAACUGUUUUCACGUUUGGUGUGGUGAUGAAAGCGCUUUGUAUGGUUAAUGAGGUGGAUUCUGCAUGUUCACUUUUAAGAGAUAUGACAAAACAUGGGUGUGUGCCGAAUUCAGUUAUUUACCAGACACUUAUACAUGCGCUUUGCAAGGUAAAUAGAAUAAAUGACGUGAUAAGAUAUUUGGAGGAAAUGUUUCUGAUGGGUUGCACACCUGAUGUUGAUACUUUUAAUGAUGUUAUUCAUGGUCUUUGCCGUGCUAAGAGGAUACCUGAAGGUGCUAAAUUGGUCGAUAGAAUGCUUCUCCGAGGCUUCACUCCUAGCAAGUUUACUUAUGGAAUUUUAAUGGAUGGAUUAUGCCGAACUGGUCAAGUUGAUAAAGCUAGAGCUUUGCUGGAGAGAGUGCCUGAGCCUAAUGUUGUUUUGUUCAAUACUCUGAUUAAUGGUUAUGUGGCCAAUGGACAGUUUGAUGAUGCCAAUGCUGUUUUGAGGCAGAGGAUGCCCGCUGUUGGUUGCAAUCCAGAUAUCUAUACAUAUAACAUAAUCAUCCGUGGUCUAUGUUCGAGAAAAUCUUUUUCUUUAGCACGAAAUUUGAUGAAAGAGAUGGAAAUUAUGGGUUGCAAGCCCAACCUAAUAACAUACACGAGUUUGAUCAAUGGGUUCUGCAAGGUCGGCAGAUUGAAGGAAGCAGAAGAAGCUGUCUGUGAAAUGUCCGCAUUGGGGAUCCGCUUAAACACUGUUGGAUACAACUGCCUGAUACAUGCUUUAGCUAAGGAUGAGAAGGUUAAGGAGGCUCUGGAACUAUACGCUGACAUGGUAAACGGUGGAUGUAAACCAGAUGUGUUCACUUUCAAUUCUCUGAUAUAUGGGCUCUGUAGGGUUGAUCAGAUAGAAGAUGCCUUAGCAUUAGUUCGAGAUAUGUUAUUGGAAGGUGUCAUUGCCAACACUGUAACUUACAAUACCUUAAUUAAUUCUUUUUUGAGGAGAGGUGAAUUGCAGGAAGCACUAAAACUUAUAAAUGAUAUGUUAUAUAGAGGUUGUGCCCUCGAUGAAAUUACAUACAACUCCAUGAUAAAGGCACUAUGCAUGGAGGGGUCUGUUGAGAAAGCAUUGGGACUCUUUGAGGAAAUGAUCCGGAAGGGACUGAAUCCCAAAAUCAUAUCAUGCAACAUUUUGAUCAGUGGCUUAUGUAGAAUUGGAAAAAUAGAAAAUGCAUUUGAAUUUUUAAAAGAUAUUAUACAGCGAGGACUGAAACCUGAUGUAGUCACUUAUAAUAGCCUCAUAAAUGGUUUGUGCAAGAUGGGGCAUGUGCAAGAAGCUCUGAACCUCUUUGAGAAGAUACAACUUGAAGGAAUCCGUCCAGAUGCUAUCACUUAUAGCACUUUGAUCUGUUCAUUUUGUAAAGCAGACAUGCUUGAUAAUGCAUAUGCACUUUUAUGCAGAGGCGUGAGCAAUGGAUUCAUACCUAAUGAUGUCACAUGGUAUUUUUUGAUCAGAUAUUCCGUCAUGAAAAAGUAUGAGGAGAUCUCAAUAGUUCAUCGUUUGGAACUCACUUGGAGAAGAUUGGGGAUCUAAAAUGACAUAUUUAUGCCCAUCAAAUAUAUUGAGUCUCCACGAGUCCUGCCUGCUGAAUUUGUUCGACAGAACUAUUCAAACUGAAAUCCAGCUACCUCUCAAGCAAGAAAGAAAAGAAUGGUAUCUUACCUACUCUAGACAAGGAGAAGCACCGCCUCACUGUCUAGAUUUUUCUCAAGCAUUGUUGAGGUAAGUUAAUUAACACUGGAGUAAAAUCCUGGCAGUCUUAUGACCUCUGUUCAUCAGAUAUUUGCAGGGUGUGUUAUUCAGGUUGCAUGAUUUCUUGUCAUGUAAGAUUAUUUUAUACUUUUGGCCCUAUAUUCUCAGGAGUCAGGCCACUUAACGGGAAAAAUAUAGGUAAUCAAUUCUAUUAAGUCUUGAUACUUGCGUUACUAUCUAUUCCUUUCCUUGGUCUACAAUUUAUGGUAAAAUCUAGCAAGCAAUGAGAAAAAUCAGAGAUGCUUGGAUUGAAGGUUAAACUGAAGACUCCCCACUAAACUGGUGCUCUAACCGAGCUAAGAAAGCAAUUUUAUCGUUGUAUUGAUUCAUCUGUCAUUUCUGUAAAACAAGGAAAAAAAGGAUAAAUACAUAAAUCCUCCCUUGUUUACACAUGUAAUUAUUGAAAGAAAGAUAUGAGGAGGCCCCAAGAAUCAUGAUUUAUGACAUCAGACAAAAUAAAUCAAACAUAACAUGAUGCUAGGAUGACCUAACAAAGAAAGAGAGAACUCACUUAGUCCAUUUUUUAUAUUUUAAAUGCUAGAUAAGUUCAUCAGUAAGCUGUCUAAAUUUUUUUUAUUGACAGAGUUGCUACAUAUUUUACAGUAAAGAUUUUUGUAAUGUAUCUGUUUUCUUCAAAUAAGUGGUAUAAUAAAUGGAAGGUCAAAGGCUUUUCAUUGUUUUUAACAUCUCAAGUUCUUAACACUUCAAGAAACACACACAGACACACACACAAAAUGAUUUAUUCUCUUUGAAAUUGCUGUUUGCUGCUUGUUAUGUGUAGCGGUAAACAGUUACCAUCCAACAUGAAGGUCAAUUGAAAACAUUUCUUAAUGUGCAACCUUUGCGAUGCAUGAGUCAUUUGCCAGUUUAUAUACUCUAAGUCUUUAUCAUACUAGACUAAUCGCCAGAUAAGUUGAAUUUAGGUAAAAAUAGAUACUACUCGGUCUUUUCAAAUACUGCAUAGUGCAUAGCAUCUUCUCAACCCCUCCCAAGCAGUGGGCGGAGCCCGGGACUUUUAGUUUGUGCCUGUUGAAGAAUGAAUUGUCCAUCAAUGGCUGCUGAAAGCGGAGACUUCUCUAUCUUAUUUAAGAUGCCGUCAACUACAGUAUCAAGGUCAUACACGAUGGCUUGUGAAGUACUAAUAUACUUGCCACUCAAUUUCUACAUUAUGCCAGAGAAGGUCUGCUCGCAGGGGCUGCUUUUGUGUAGAUGAGCUUUUGUGGGCGGUGGCGUGCUGCUGUUCUUGGGCGUGUACUUGAAGUUAUGCUGUAUAAUGUUUACAAUUUACAGUAAAGGAAUCAUUUAUAUGUUCAGGAAGAGAAAUGAAAACAAUUAUUCUAUGUUUGCAAUCGACAAGUCAUGUUUUUGUUGUAAA